AUGUCAACCCCGCUCGUACAACAGUUCCCAUCCCUAGCUCAAUACCCACCUUCUUUCCUCAAAGAUCUCCUAUCGUCUCCUGAACUCACAGAGGCUUUCUUAUUCUCCUUACCUGAAGUCAAGGAAUUAGCAGCGGAAGUAGAGAAGCUGGGAAGGGAGAAUGAUGAGAUUGCUAAACGUAAUAUCGAAUUGAGGGAUGAGUUGAUAGCUCUUCGAGACGCUACUGCUCAAUCGUACGCCUACGCCGAGGGGUUGAAGAGGAAAUGGACAGAUAUCGAAAAAGCUCAAGCGAAUCUAUAUCAACGUAAUAGACCUUCGUUCCUUCAUUUACGAUUACGCCAUUCGCUUACUGCCCAAGAUGAACUAUCAGAAAAGAUAGCUUCGGCUUUCAUAGAAGGCAGAUCAGCAGGUGCUAGUUUACCUGGAUCGAGAGUCGAUUCGCCUUUGCCUGGUGCAGAGGGGACGAGUACACCUGUGUCUGGAGGAGAUAGGAACCAAAGCAAAGCGAUAGAAGACUUCAUCAACGAGUUCAAAGCUGCUCGUAAAACAUAUCACAAGCGUGCGAUCUGGGCUGAGAGAUGGUCAAGGGGUGAGGUAGCAUGGAGGGAUGAUUAA